GCAAAGCUGUUGGACUCACCUGCUCAGAGCCUGUCAGGUUGGUGGGAGGAGCCAGUCGCUGUGCAGGUACACUGGAGAUGAAACUGGGAGAGUGGAGACCAGUGAGAUACUCUGACUGGACCAUGAAGGAAGCUGCUGUAAUCUGCAGAGUUCUGGACUGUGGCUCUGCUGUUUCAACAGGAAUCAGAAAUGAGCCCUCAGUCAGAUCUGUAUGGUGGAUCAAUCAUGACUGUGUUGAGUCUGGAUCUUCACUGAGGGACUGUGCAACAUCAGGUUUCUCUUCCUCCAUCAUAGAGCUCACCUGCUCAGACCUGCUGCUUCAGCCAAUCAUCUCUGUGUCUUCUACCAUGGAUGGGGUCUCCGAGGCCCAGCAGCAGGGGUUUCUGGUGCGUCGGGGCUCCGACUUCACCAUCAGCUGCUCCGUCCAGCCUCAGUACCCAGGAGGCUCCUUCCAGCUCACCUUCACCUCCUCCAACACAGCGCACAACUACACCCAGCCAGCUGUCAAUCACUCUGCUGACUUCCUGUUUCCUGCUGCAGACCCCGCCCACCAAGGAAGCUACAGCUGUGUUUAUGGCGUCUAUGUUUUCGCUCAUAACUUCUCCUCUGAGAGCCGUCUGCUGUCUCUCACUGUCACAGAUCCAACAGUUCAUAUCAUCAGACCGGUCGUCCUGCCGGUGACUCUGCUGUUGGUCGUCGCUGUCGUCGUUUUCAUCCUGAAGGCCAGCAGGGGGCAGAAGUCAGGCCCACAGGAGAACAUUGAGCUGGAUUCUUAUAACCUCGGUGUUUCCAGAGCUGAAGGAGAGCCGGCUGAAGAGGAAGGAGCCCAGGGAGCAGAGUAGGACCUCCAAGGAGCCACAAACCACUGAAGAAGAAAAUCAUCUUUGGGUUCAUCUCUCCUCUCAGUCUCAGCCUGGUUUUUGCAGCCCAGUACGGCGAGGAAUGACGUCCAUACUGGUCGAUUCCACAGCUUCUGAUUUACAUCCAGCACCAACGCUCAGUGCCACAACAGGAAGUAGUGAGACCUUUAUUAAGACCAGUAGAAGAAGAGCAGAGAGGAGAUCUGAUUGGACCAUUUGUAACAUGAUUAUCUGUAUAUAGUUAUAUUUUAUCAUCAUUAACUUCUCUCAUGUGAACAGCUGUAACUGUUUUUUACUUAAAUAUUUUUAUGAAUCCAGAGUUUUAUGGUCUCAUCUGGAUAAAUGUUGAGUCAACAAAUCAUUUAAAAAUCCAUCCAGUUGUUUGAUGGUUUAUAUCUUUUUUCUUCACUGCCUUUUAUAUACUAUAUACUACUUAUUCAGCUGAAAUGUGUUAUUGCUUUUUUCAGAAUAUUUGCUUU